AAAAGCGGACACAAAUUGAUCGCGAAAACCACUCAACAACUGGCGCCGUUUCGAAUUACGAUCGCCUUGAGUCGAUUUCCUUCAAAAGACUUUUUAUCUAACAACGCGGAAAUAUUCUUUUUUUCACCAAAAUUUCUCGGUUUUGGUAUCAGCUUUAUGUACGAGUAAUAUUCUAUUCGAAUGCGAGCUAUUGAGUAAUAAUCUGUAUUCAUUCGCUAAAGGCCCGAGUCAGUUUUUUCCGCACAGAACACGGCAUAUUGUCGAAGGCAGCCGAGGCUGGUCUGUGAUGAACACAACACUGUAGAGUCCAAGAAAAUGAUUGCCAAGAAGGUUAGCAUCACAAACUGUAGCCCCAAACCGAUCGUGAAGCCGGCGGCGGCGACCUCAUCUUCAUGGCCUCUACCAAGCCUACGGCUUGUUAUAGUUUGUGUUUCUUUAGCUGUCACUCUCACGAUGUCAGCUAUGAUCAUUUUUGUGGACGUACGAGCGCCUUCUUUGGCCGAUAUCUUUUUGUCCACAAUGUAUUUUCCUUUGGGUCAAGGACUGCAACUGAAGGCUCGGCGUUGGUCAAAUAACAAGACCGAGUGUUUACACUUUUUCAAGACUAGAGACGAAAACUUCAGGCGCUUUGAAGGUCUGCAGUGCGGACACGCGUUCUGGCAAAGCACUGCGAAUCUCGAGGAAAAAGAUCGAUAUGUAAAAAAAAUUGCCACGAAUUACAGACUGUUCGAGAGGGAAUCACUCGCCAGCAAGUAUUUUGAUGAAUAUUGGCACGAAAAACUCAAAGAUCCAUUACCAACGAGUUUUUAUAACGAAGAAACUAAAAACUCUCCGAAAGCGGGGAAUGAAUUCCGCGCAUUCAGAUGGGAUCCACUCGUGCCUUUGCCAACAGAAAUAUCCCACAUUUCGGGUGCGAGUCAGUGGAUUCACCGCGCCGGUUCCACAUCUAGACAUAUCAUCUACAUUUUCAGACAGGGACGCGUUUUUGCGCGACUGUUGGUGCAAGGCUUUAACAACAGUAAGGAUCCCAGACUUGGGGUGGAGUUUGCAGGAAGGUUGGCUGGUGUCAUGGCAGAGCUGAUAGAGGAAAAUGAACCCACCCCCCUGCGGAAGUUUCUGUUAAAUGUACAGUGGGGUAUACGAUACUUUAUACGAGCCACGCCCCUGCUUUGUGCUCAAAAACUUUCCACGGCGCUGUCUAUUCUCUCUCAUUGGACAAGCCAGCUGCUUAAUUGUACAUGGUCUUCACUGCGCAUGUCACUUACCUCCCAGCUAUUUGCCUGCUGGAGGCAUUUGAUUGGUUCAGGGUUAGGAGAUCUGCAUUUCUUUGGAGUGGCCAUGUUGCUGCUGAUUCUCCAUAAGUUGCACAUGGUACUUACGCCAUAUGAUCAGAUGGACUUCUCCCAAGUCAGGUGUCAAAGCAUGUUAAUGUCAGCCAUCGAGAGAGCCCGAAGACAAAAUUUGCUCAAUCAGGAUCUGUUUUUACAGCCAAACUAAUGAACUUAUUCUUACCAGUGAGAGCAAACAAAUUAGUUUGUAUUAAUAUGAGAGAGCUUUUAAUUUAUUGACAAAUUCGAAAUUUAAAUAAACCACGUACAUUAUGUACCAAAUAU